GACAGCAGUCAUGGACCAGAAGGCCGGGGAAACAGACGAGGCCUAUCAGGCCCGCAUGUUAGCCUGGAGUACCGAGACAAAGAAGCGGGCAGAUGACGCUGCCGCAGCAGCAAAGAAAAGGGCAGAGGAUGCCGAGCAGGCACGUCUGCUGGCGGUUGAACAACAGCACCAGCAUGACGAGGCAGCAGCGAGGGCUGCCGAUGAAGAAAGAACACAGCGUCGUGAGAAGAUAUUCACCGUAGAGCAGGCGUUACUUACCAUGGCAGCAGAAUGGCGAAGCGAGGCCGAGAACAGCCAGUUGGAGGACAGCGCAAACAAGAUAGCGCUCCUCCUCUCGCAUCUCACGGAUCUCCUGGCAACCUGCAUUACACAGCAGGCGGAGAUCCUUGGUCUCGACAACUCGGUAGCUCAUCUCCAAGACCGCCUUCAGCGGUUGGAGCAGCGACCAGUCGCCGACGCCGACACAGGCUCUUCCAAUACUGCCGACCGCCUCACCGCAUUGGAGAUGCACGUCGGCUCCCUCCAGGAUGGCGCACAGUUACAGCAAACCGCGACGCAACAGUUGCAGCAGCGGGUCUGCACUACCGCCACCACCUCGAGUCCGGAGCCGCGCGAGACAGCUCCUAAGUUCGAUGGGCAGGAGAUCUUCCACGACUCAAUCAAGACAGAUCCAAUUCCAUGGUUUCGCAAGUUCGAGCUCACGCUGCAGCUCCACAACGUCAAGGAACACAAGCAUCACGCCUACUUGCAAGGGCAGACAGGGAAACUGAGCACCGCCGAGAGUGACGCAACGACACUCUCGACGCCUUCGCAACUGGUUUCUUCGCGAGUGACCAGCCUUCAUUCCGAGGCGCACGCGGAAGUCGAUAGUCCUCCGCUUCUACUUUCUUUUGAGGACUAUGCUGCCCGGCUCGUUCCAACGCUGGGUACUCAAGCUCAAGGACAAGGAGUGUGUGCGGUUUCUUCUACAUCCGGCAACAACGACAUAUCGUCUUCAAGUGGUUCGUCACGGGAUUCAGCGCGCGAGUUCAAGAUAGAGGUUUUGGACCCGCUCACGUCUAAGGACUUUGCAUGGCUUCCUCUCCCGACCACAGGCUGUUUGCCGGGACCGCAAUGCGCAGCACUUAGCGCUCAUCUCCACACUUACCUUUCCUUCUAUGCACCACCAACUUUGCCGACGGAUGACGAAGUCGCGGUGGGGGACAUCAUGGCAUACGUUACCAAGGUGGCCCGCGAGUUUCGCACGCAGCGGUACGAUAACAACAAUGCACCGCUAAUGUAUGUCCGCAUCCAGGUCGGGCAAGCGUCCUGCAGCGCUUUGCUGGAUAGCGGCGCAACUCGCAACUUCAUGAGCCAGUCUUUUAUGCAAAGAGCUGGCCUUGGCGCACAAGUUCGGAGGAAGGCAAACCCGACGACGAUCAAGUUGGCGGAUGGUAAGACGCAACAACUUCUCGACCGUUACAUUGAGGCCGUACCGGUGUACUUCGCACCUCAUGCAUGCGAACCGGUAACAUUCGAUAUUCUCGACACGGACUUCGACAUCAUUCUGGGAAUGCCUUGGCUCGCAAGUGCGGAUCACACGGGCAACCUCCAUCGGCGGACUCUUAGCGUUCGCAACGCCUUCGGCGCGGAAGUGGCGUGUACUAUUCCUCUACCGCACACUUCGAUCCGGUGCCAAGUGAUGACGGCCAAAUCAUUCCGGGCGACUUGCGCUUACGAGCAGCCCAAGGAGAUCGGCCUAUGUUUCCUGCGGACCGUCGCGGUAGCCGACUCUUCACCCACGGACUUGUCUUCGGACCCCCGUUUGGUACGGUUGCUGGACGAGUUCGCCGACAUCUUUGAGUCACCUACCGGUGUGGUGCCGGGUCGGCCGAUCUCUCACGAGAUCAUUCUUGAGGCCGGUGCCAUGCCGCCGAAAGGUUGCAUCUAUCGGAUGAGCGAGGAGGAGCUUGAGGUCCUUCGCGCACAACUCGAUGAUUUGCUGGCCAAGGGCUGGAUCCGCCCGAGAAGCUCCCCAUAUGGAGCACCAGAUUUUUCCAAGUUGGAUUUGAAAUCAGGAUAUCAUCAAAUCUCGAUUCAGCCGAACGAUCGCUACAAGACCGCAUUCAAGACGCGGUACGGGCAUUUUGAGUGGGUGGUCAUGCCUUUUGGCCUCACCAACGCCCCGGCGACGUUCCAGGCGGCGAUGACCAAUGAGUUCCAUGCAAUGUUGGACCGGUUCGUGCUGGUCUACUUAGGCGAUAUUCUCGUCUACAGCCGGACAUUGGAGGAUCAUCUUGGACAUCUUCGACGAGUGUUGGAGACGCUCCGUCGUGCCAAGUACAAGGCCAACCGCGACAAGUGCGAAUUUGUCCGGCAAGAGCUGGAAUACUUGGGCCAUUUUGUCACACCGGAGGGCAUCAGUCCGCUAUCGGACAAGAUUCAGGCCGUCCAAGAGUGGCCUGAGCCUCGGAUCGUCACGGAGGUCCGCUCGUUCCUCGGUCUUACCGGCUACUAUCAGCGCUUCAUCAAAGGCUACUCCAAGAACGCGGCCCACUUGAACAAGCUUCAGUGCAAGGAUCGGCUGUUUGACUUCGGAGAGGAGGCGCGAGGAUCAUUCUUCGCUCUCAAAGCCGCGCUAUUGUCUUCGGAGGUCUUGCGAAUCUAUGACCCGCUCGCGCCUAUGCGUGUCACUACGGAUGCGUCAGGCUAUGGCAUUGGUGCAGUCCUCGAGCAACAUGAUGGUGUGGACUGGCACCCGGUCGAGUACUUCAACAAGAAAGUGCCCCUCGUGCAUUCCAUUGGCGAUGCACGCAAGAUAGAGCUCCUCGCCUUCGUCCACGCACUCAAGCGGUGGCGGCACUUCCUCCUUGGUCGAAGCCAAUUUCGAUGGGUAACGGACAACAAUCCGUUGGUCUUCUACAAGACCCAAGACACCGUCAACAGCACCAUCGCUCGAUGGAUGGCUUUCAUCGACCAGUUCGACUUCUUUCCCGAUCACAUUCCCGGGAAGUCGAACCGUUUUGCGGAUGCUCUCUCACGGCCUCCAGAUCAUUGUACCACAGUCUACUCGACGUUCGAGAUUGACGACGACCUGCAGAACAGCUUCAUCCGCGGCUACCCAGCCGACCCCGAGUUUCGCAACAAGUACGCGAAUUGCUCCUCUCCUAAUCCGGCUCCUCCUCACUACCGGAUCCAAGAGGGGUACUUGCUGGUCCACACGCGGGGGAAGGACCUUCUUUGCGUAACGAGUGAUCCUCACUUGCGUACACGGCUUCUUGGCGAGUUCCACGACGCUCCCGCCACUGGACAUUUUGGAGUCGCACGAUUGGCCGACUUCGCCAGCGAUUUUGGUGGCCCGGCCUUCUCGACGACGUCACGCGCUAUUGCGAGUCAUGCGAGGUUUGCCGACGCUGCAAAUCCCGCAACCAUCGUCCCGAUUGCCAUGGACAUUACCGGCCCGUUCCCCAAGCACAAGACCGGAGUGGAUGGGAUUCUCACGGUGGUCGACCGACUCACCAAGUUCGCCAUGUWUYUGCCUUGUCGCUAUCAUGCCAAGGCRCCRGAGUUGGCCGAGGUUCUGUACGCCGGUUGGAUUCGCACCAAGGGUUACCCCAAGGAGAUCGUCUGCGACCACGACACUCGGUUCAUGUCCGAUUUUUGGUUGGCGCUCAUCAAGCGAUGGGGCUCAUCUCUCAAGCCCAGUUCAACUCUCCACCCUCAUACCGAUGGCCAGACGGAAAGGGCGCAUCAGACUGCACAGGUUCUCCUUCGCACUCUCAUCCGCCCCGACCAGAAAGACUGGGUUGAGCGACUGCCGGAUGUCGAGUUGGCCUACAACUCUUCCAUCCACCCUGCUAUUGGGAUAUCGCCCUUCGAAUUCGAGCAUGGCUCGCCGGUCACAUCACCAUUGGACACUAUUACUCCACGCACAGCCGAGAGCGACGACCAUCUUCUCUUCUUGCGUCGGAUGCAAGAGCUUCUUGUCAAGGCACGCGACCAGAUGGCUAAGACGCAGCAGCGCAUGAGCCAACAGGCAAAUCGCCAGCGUCUUCCUUGUCCAUUCCGCGCCGGGGACCUCGUCUGGGUUUCAGCAGCAGAAUUCAGCCUUGAACAAGACGUCUCUCGCAAGCUCCUCCCGAAAUGGAUGGGGCCUUGGCCAAUCAUAGAGCCCACUGGGGACGCACCCGAAGGACCCUCCUUCACGAUUCAGGUACCUAGCCACUUACCUGUCUACCCUGUCUUUCAUUGCUCCAAACCGGCUCUCUACACGCCAGCGGAUCAUGACGACUUUCCCGGGAGACGGACGCAAGACCCACCUUCUAUGGAUGGUUUUCAGGAGGUCGGCGACAUCAUCUCCCAGCGACGCUUUGGCAACAAGCCAACUGAGUAUUUGGUGCAUUUUGCCUACUGCACACAUCGAGCUGACCGUUCGUUAACCCGUGCGGAACUGCAAGCGACAACUCCAGACGUUCUCGCACACUACGAACGCAAGAUGCAAGGCAAGCCGGUUUCUUCGGCUCCACGCCGCGCCCGCGUCCAGGUUCCACCUUCAGAUCGACGGCUUCGCCCUCGCCCCGGCUUGACUUCAUAAGGAGGGGGGGCUGUUACAUGCAGCGCGUGCACACACGGGCCAUUUUGCAGGCCCGACGACCAUUUUGCAGGCCCGACGGUGUUCAGGCCAAAAGCCUGAACU